CCGGGCCCCCAGCUUACUAGCGCUCAGGCCGCCCUCCGCCCGCGUCCCCCAACUCUGCCUGGUAGGGUGCAGCGCUUCUUUUUCCCUCCCUCUCGCCCUCUUUUUCUUCCCUUUCCCUGCGCCAUCCGCGCACGGGUUCAAACAACCGUGAUCUGUGAAUAAACAGUCAGUAAACAACCGAAAAAAACAUUCUAGAUCCGAAUUCCAGGAGGGUAAACUUUCCACGCCACGUCACACUUCAGCAAAUUUGCACAGAUAUUAUAUUGCCUCCCCCUCUUUAUUAUUCUUUUUUUUUUUUUUUUUUUUUUGCUAGGAACCCAUUGUACUUAACUGAAUUUUAUAACGCUGAUCGAUAUCUUGGUAAAAUAUUCAUUUUUAAACUAGCGGGCAGUGAAAUCUUUGCUUUGUGUGCUAAAGUCAACAGUCGCUCGGUUUGAGCUCAAAUAAAUGCGAGGAUUCCUGGGCUCGGAGCAGUCGGCCGCCUCCCUCCGCGCGCUGGACGCUCCGCCGCCGCCCGCCCGCCGGCCGCACCGCAGAGCUCACACACAAGAUGCCUCCCUAUCUCCUGCCAGCAGCGAGCAGCGGGAAGGAGUUGAUCCCAGGCGCUAACCCGCAGUUAUCAGAAGGCCCGGCUCAUUCGGGGGGCUCAGCUCUGGAACCUGAGGCGAUCCUUCAUUGAUUGUGGAAAGCGCUGUUUAGAUUUUGCCCUGGCUCAGUAAACAACCAAAAGUAACUGAGGGAUUUCUCCCUUGCAUUCGUCAGAAUCUCUUUCUCUCUUUCCCUCCCCCUCCCUCCCUUGUUCCCUCCCUCCCCCUCCCCUUCCCUCUCCUUCCCUUCCCCCCCCCCAGCCUCCUUCCCCCCUCCAGCUCCCUCCAGUCCUGGAGGUACUGUCAGACCACAGCCCAUUUCUGCGCCCUCAGCUGUCCCCCAUCCCCGCCCCUGUCCCAGCAGCUGGGCCUUUUAGGGUGGCUCUGCCUUCCUCUGAGGAUUUAGGUUUCUCCUAAGGGGACACAGCCUCCCAAGACCCCAAAUCUGUAGGGGAAGUUCCCUUACAGGGACUUGGGCCCCCUAUUCUGCCAAUUCCAAGUCCCCACCUGCUAAGACACACUCCAGGGUUCACCCCGGGGCCUUUCCUCCCUUGCCUCCCUGCCCCCACCCCAGCCCUGCCCAGCCCCUCGGCCUUUGGUCAGCUCGUGGCCACUCAGACCCACACAGCUGGAGGUGGGGGCGGUAGCCCUGGGCGCUGCCGGAGCGCUGCUUCUGGGUGGGCAGCCGUGGUCCUGGACACAGCCGUGGUCCUGGGAUAAAAGCCAAUGACAUUGGCAAACUUACGCUGAUGAUCAAUGCUUUUAGGUUCUGAGCAAGACCCCCACUUCCUCUUCAAUCAGGAGUAGAGGGAGCUUGGCCUCCUCUGAGCAGACCGGUGUGUCAUUCGCUCUUUUCCAAGAAGAGGUUUGCCCGAAGUCAUCUUGGAGACAUCACACUCCGCCAUCUAUUUGUGUAAAAUAAACAGAAAAGAUAAUUGCCAGUCCGCCACAAUGGGAGAGAUCAGGACAAAUCCAGAACAAUGAUCAUUUUAAAUUCAAUAAUUGUAAAAAAAAAUUAAAAGCCAAGUAAUAAAAGAACCAGUUUUCCAGUCAAUCUGCUCCGGUGGUGUUUUCAAAAAAAAAAAAAAAAAAAAGGAAGUUUCUUUUUCAAAGUUGGUAAGAUUUCAAAUGACAUUCCUUUUUUGUUUGUUGAAACCCCUUCCAUAUGAUAAAGAAAAUAUUUUGCAGAUGAGAUUGCCUCCGUACGCUUUUUCAAAACCAACCAGCUUCAAGCAAAAAAAAGUUUGUGAAAAAUCUCACCAGUGUAAUUUCUGGAUCUAUCCUUUCCCAGAUGCCAAAACUCUAAUAUCUUUUCAUUUUUGAAAGUCACCAAUAUUGUUCAUAGGCUCUCCAUUAAAAAAAAAAUCUAAAAAGGAAAACAGACUUUCAAAUUUGUAGCUUUUUAGGAUUUAAAGUCGAAAUAGUUUUCAUAGCUUUGAGCGUUUCACAGUAGUGGACAGAAAGCAAAUACAUAUAUAUAUAUAUAUAUACAUAUUUUUUUUCUUUAAAUGAGAGGUAAUACGAGAAACUAGAGUGCUGUUUUAUUAUAUAUAUAAUUACCCCUGGACAGACCAAUAAAAUAUGUCACUUCUUUGCUCCUUACCUUUUCUAGCACAGUUUUGUGAAGAAGUAUAAAAUGUAUUUGGGGUUUUGAUAGGGUUAUUAUGUGCCAAUGUAUCUAUUUGAUGAGUCCCAGCGAUCUCUGCGCGUUGUCUGGUGUAUAGGGUGUCAGAGGAUUGCCGUCCACGCGUGCUCGUCUCUGCCGUGGCCGCUCCCACGCAGCUCCCAGCACCCUGGCUCCAUGGUUACUAAUGGUGGCAUUUUGUUAAAUAUCGGCUUUGAUAUGAUUACAACUAAUUACUCCAUUUCACUUCAUGUUUUUCUCUGAAUUUUAUGUUUGGUAAAAUCGCUCGAGGGUGCUAAACGUUUCCUUACAAAGACUGUCUCUUUGUAUUUCUCAAUGUUUGUCUUUCUAGCUAUGAAAUGUACCCUAACAGCAUUUUGGGGGAAAUGCAUAUAUCGAUCAUUUGGGGAUUGCUUAAAACUACUCAUAACAUGCUCUUUAAAAUGCUUCCGGAUGAGAAUAGAAUAGAUUCUAUGGAGAAUAGGAACUAGUUUGCUUUGCUGCCUUCCUCUGGGCCAUGUUUGGGCGAGUCCCCCCACCUGCAGAGCGGUUCCGCUGUUUUUAAUAGGUCACCGCUUCUGCAGUCCGGUGGAGGCAGUGCUACGUUUGGGAAAAUAAUUCAGGACAAACCCGCAGACAUGAUUGGGACUGGGUAACCGCUCAUGGCCCUCUGAGGCAAGCCACAUUCUGUUUGGUGCAAGAGGCGAAAAACACGAACCUAACAGUGUUUACCUGUGUAUUCAGCCAUGAAAUUGAAUAUUAUCGAAGUUGAAAAAAUGCAAAUCAAAUUAAAACCAGGGAAAAUUGUCUUUGGAAUUACAGCGGCCUGGAGCCCCCAAGUGUUUGCUUAAAUUGAAGCAUUUAGAAAAUGAAAAUCCUCGAAAUUGCCCCUCUCUGCUCCCUCGCUCCCCCCACCCCAGGAAGGAAAUUUAUUUCUAAAUUCUAUUUUUAAUUCUACUGCAAAGAUACUGAGGCUUUGACACCCAUCAAAACCCCGAAGCAGUAACUGCUGUAAUAUAACUUUUUUUUUUUUUCCUUAAAAAUUCAGUGUCUCACUUUGCUUAAGCGUUACUGAAGUCAGGCCCCGUUUCAGAAACGAGCGGCCCGCGGUUCUCAUUCCCAAACGAGGCCGCUGCCACUGGACUGGCUGCUGCUCCCCGCGAGCUGCCAGGACCCUCUGCUGCGGCCCCGCCGCCGCCCCCUCCCCGGGUCCGCGCAGCCCCGGGCGCGUAUCGGGCCGCGGUGCCAGCCGAUCCCGGAGCCCAGCCUCCCCGCGCGGCCGAGCUCGCGGAGGAGAUGCGUGAAGCACGGAGAGGUGCGGGGCCGGGCGGAGGAUGGGGGCUCAGGCUCGCCCCCUCGGUGCUCACUUGGCCGACACAGACGCCGCAGGGACCUAGCGGAGGAGGCCGCAAAAGGAAAGAAUCAGAUAGAUACUACUUAGGGGCAAAAGAACAACUGAAAAGCAACAGGCAGAAGGAUAGUCAUUCUUGCCUUUUCCAAGUUCUAGAGCGCAGGGAACCGACCCCAGGCAGCCCACCCACCGGCCCCGGGGAAUCCCACCCGCAGGCGCCCAGACGCCGCAAAUUUUGCUCCCCCGCCCAGCCCAUCUCCCUCCGGCCUCGGCCUCGGGAGAAGCGGGCAAUAGCGCCAGGUCCCGCAGGUGCCCAGGGCGCGCUGCGGCGGCCGGACCCGCGGGUGGAGCGGCCCCCGGCUCUGCGCGACCCGCCUGCGGUCAAGGGCGGGAACGGGACCUGGGCAGCCACGCCCCCUGGCCUUAACCGGGACGUGGGGUCGCAAGGAACGUGCGUGGCUGGGAUGCGCUGCUGUAGCCCGGGAGCUGCCUUCCUCUCCUUGGUCGCGACCUUUGAGGGAUGCGCUGCCUCUCGUUGUACCCCAUCCACCGACCCCAGCCCAGGAGCCUGGUGCGGGGCACGCCUGGGGCUGCGUGGCUCUUUCUCUCCGGGGAGGGAGGACGGCUGGUGGCCCCUGUGUCACUCCGUCCUCCCUCCUGGCCUCCUCCUCAGACCUCGUCGGUUGAGGGGCAGCCCUGUUUCAGAAACGCAGGAACUCCGGUGCAGACUGCCCUGCGGGGGCGGGCUGGGGAGCCGCGGAAGCCGAUUUAUAUGGGAAACCUUCCCCUGCAUUUCCUUUCCAGGAGCCCCUGCCUCAAGACCAGCUCAACACCAGCUGUGGUCGUGUUUUGGAGAUUCGGGACCCUAUUUCCAAAGGAGAGUUGCAGGGGACAAGUUUCUGUUUGUUAUUUUCAAAACCAAGCAAAGGAAACAGCAGCCAAUUAAAAUGACAUAUUUUUAUUCGCCUCGGCACGUUGUCAGUGAUUUGCCCCCGGGGAUCCACAAUUUUCCCAAGCCUGUUAACGGGAGACGAUGAAUGAGGGCCUCGUGUAAUUUAAUUUUCCUGUCACACUAAAUAGAGUUACAUUGUCAACCUUAGAUCUACUCUUACUGAUAGGAUCGCCUUGUUUUGCCAUUUGCACCAUAAAGACCCCCAAAAGGGACACUAUAUUGUGACCUCUACUCUUGAAUUAUUCAAGAACUUAAUGACAUUUUCCAUUUUAAAAAGGGAACUAAUUGCCAUUGAUGUAAAGCAUGUGACCUUCUCUGGGUGCCCAGUAUGAGAAUGUUGCCAUCUGUAUGUGGCCAGAGCUGAGCUUCGGAACUGCAGGGCUCGGGCCAACAUAGGAGAAAGAUGUGAACAGAAGUGGGUGCCAAAGGGACCCCGCCAUCAAGCACAUUGUUUAAUUUCACCCCUUGCCCUGACCUACAAUUCCACAAAAAGACCUCUAAUCUGACCUGAAAUCUGUUCAAAAUCUCACAUCAACGCAGGCUGUUUUUUGAAAUGUGAUUUUUUUUUUUAAGGUACGUUGAAAAAUUUUGAAAUCCAGCAUCCUUUUGUUAAUGUGCAAUUUAUUUGUGUGAUAUCAAGCAAAAUAUGCAGCCAUCUCCUCCCCUCUUUUUUGGGGGUGGGAGCUUUUAAUAAUGUUUUUACUACUUUCUUACUCUAAAGAAAAUAAAAACUCAGAACUGUAAAGAAACUGCACCUUGGUGUUUGCUGUUUGAAUUGGUCUGGUUGAGUUUCCAGAAGAGCCGGCAUUGAAAUUCUACAGUAUCAGAAUUCUCACUCUUCAAAUUACUUGAAAACGGAGGCUUAUCUUUCCUCAAAGUAAAAGAAUUCCGUGUAUUCCCUACUGGUCCGUACUCCUUCCCCAGAGGAAAGCAAAAUGAGAGAAAAUGGGCUUGUAGCGAGGUUCUUUGGCUUCGUAAAUUCACAGAUCGGUGUCUGUAGAUGAUCUGAUGCUUUUCCUGAUUAACCGAGUAAGUCUCCUGCCAACAUCAACCAUUUAAAAAGUCUGAGUGAAUUGGGAAGUAAGACACUGGGCUACAGAUAUUUCUUUGGAAAUUUUAAGUGAUGUUUGAGACAAGGAACCUUCAUUUCUGCAUCGAGUGGGCAGCUGCUUUACAAAUGACACCGAAUACACACAUCCUGGCUUCCCUGAGACUAAAUAUUCUCUGUGGUAGCCUGUGAAUCCACAUCUUUCUCUCCUUGGAUCUCUGGAAAAGACUAUCAAGUGCAUUUACACAUCCGACGUGGUGCGAAGGAGGCCCACGUUAUAUGUCAACACACUGGACACAAUCGCUCCCGGUACAGCCUGGACUCAGAAUGCCCGGGCCUCCAUCUGUUUGAAAGGAAUUUGCCAUGAAGCUGUUGUUGUCCAAAUCAAAUAACAGAGUGAUUGUUUUCAUAUUUCUUUAAAAGGAACCGGUUUCCCUCCUUGGUCCUAUGCUCUGUGUGUACACGGCAACAUGGCAGGAAAAAAAUGAAUAAGGAUAUGUAGUUCUUAUUGCCAGAUAAAAAGGAUGUACAUAAAAAAAAUACAUAUGAAA